UUUCUCGACGGCGCAGCGCGUCCCAUCACUAAUUCCAGGCUUCACUUCCAAAAUGAAUUUUUCCAUUUUAUCAGCUAUCAUUCGGCUGAACCCGGCACUGCUCGGGCAUCUUCGGAAGUAAUGGGCGUGCUCGAAUGCAGUGCGUCUCAACCGGCGGUACAAUCGGAUGAUCCCGGGCGGGCGGAGCCAAUUAGGAGGAAAUGGUACAGUUGGCUGACUCCUCCUAAGAAAACCGGCGACGAACAUCAGUACCCGGCAGUUUCAUCGUACAUCUGUACCGCUUUCAACUCAACGUUACAACAGCGUGUUAAAUCUCUUGAGCCAGUCUUAGGUCACUCACAAAAACCACACCAACACUUACUUCUAAACCAAGCGGCACUCGUAUGGUGCAAUUUUGCUUUAGAAAUAUACGCCAAGGGCUUGGAGAUUAACGUUUCAGAGAAAUUGCUGCAGGAUGGAGACGCAAAUACAUGUACCCGUGGGCUCACCGGUAAUUAGAAAAAUCCCAGUUUUCGUGGACGAGCGCAAGGUAACGGAGGGAGCGAUGAAGCUCAUUAAAGAGCUGAGACCGGCGUGGGACUCGAGCGACGUCAAGACCAAGCUCUUCACCGAUGGAACCACCAACAAGCUAGUGGGCUGCUACGUGGACGACAGUCCAGAUGACGUAGUCCUGGUCCGAGUAUAUGGAAACAAAACAGAGCUGAUUGUGGACCGAGACAAUGAGCUUAAGAGCUUUCAGGUGCUGCAUGCUAAUGGUUGUGCUCCUCGCCUCUACUGCACCUUUCUAAAUGGCAUCUGCUAUGAGUUCAUGCAGGGAGAUGCACUUGGAACGCAGGAUGUCAGAGAUCCUACUCUGCUCAGGCUGAUAGCCAGGGAAAUGGCUCGUAUCCACGCCAUCCAUGCACACAACGGCUGCAUCCCCAAACCCAACCUCUGGAUCAAGAUGCGAAAAUAUUUCUCACUUGUAGCCACAGAAUUCACAGAGCAAGCCUCCAACAUCAGAAUACAGCAGGAAGUUCCCAGCAAGGUGGUGCUGGAGCAGGAGAUGGUUUGGAUGAAGGAACAUCUUUCCACACUGGGCUCACCUGUGGUGCUCUGUCACAAUGACCUGCUCUGCAAGAACAUCAUCCACAACAGCAAAGAGGGUCAUGUGCGCUUCAUCGACUAUGAGUACUCCAGCUACAACUACCAGGCCUUUGACAUCGGCAACCACUUCAAUGAAUUUGCAGGCAUGACUGAGCCGAACUAUGGACUCUAUCCUAGUCGGGAAAUGCAAAUGGAGUGGCUCAAGGUGUAUCUGCAGGCUUACAAACUCUUCACCAAGAACACAGAGGAGGUCAGCCAGCGAGAGCUAGAGACGCUCUACGUUCAGGUCAACAAGUUUGCUCUGGCUUCUCACUUCUUUUGGGGUUUCUGGGCUCUCAUCCAAGCCAAAUACUCCUCCAUCGAUUUUGACUUCCUGGGGUACGCCGUGCUACGUUUCAACCAGUACUUCAAGACUAAACCUGCAGUGAUGGCCCUGCAGAUCCCAGAGUGAGAGGAGGCGACGGAAGCCAGAAGGACGAGGAGAGGAGCCCAGAAGGAGGUGUGUUUGAAGGUUAAAUGCUGGGACUUCCUCUCCCAUGAAGACGCUUCUGUGAGCCAGCUGUUGAUGGACCACUCCUCGGUCAGCCUGGCAUCCUUUUCCUGCAACAAGCGCAAUUACUCUUUGAUUCCCCCAAACUUUAGCUCCACGUACGUCACCGCUGUAGCCCGAGAAUGACAAAACUUUCGUGUGUGUAUGUGUGCAAGUGCAUUCGUCUGCGUUUCUAAUAUAUGUUGAAAAAGCGUCACGCUUUUCCUCUUAGAGCAGCUGAACCAGGCGUAGAGAGGUCUGUGUUUGGGAUAGGACACCAAAAUGUUCCACAACGCUGGUAAUGAUGUCACAAGAGGAAGGAGAGGGUUGAAGAGUGUCAGGAUGAUGGUUUGUUUUCUGAAACUGACUACAGGUGCAGCCUGGUGUUAGUCCCAUUGUAUGUGUGUGUCUUGUGUGUGUUCCUUCCUCUGUCUCUACAUAUUUUAACACAUUGUGACCUUUUCUCGUUUUUUUUUUUUCCAUCACCUUUGGUGCUAAGUGCCCAUAGCUUUCUGCACUGAGCUUUCCUCGGGGUGUCCUUUUCCUGUGCCCCGUUUUUCCUGUUGAAGCACUUUCAGCUUCUUUCACCACAUCUCCCACUUAUUCACAGCAAACUGCUGCUGCUUAUGCUGCUAGAAUUGUAAGACUUGUCUGCGUGUUAGUUGGUGUUUCAUGCCAAACGCCACGUGUUUGGAACAGCAAAUGGAAAGGUUUAGGUUGACUCACUGUUAAAGCUAAAUGUGCAUUUAUUUAUUUGUAUUUAACAUCUCAGGUUAACAACUCUUUGGAAAGUGGUACUGAAGGAGGUGGAGGGGAUGGCUACAAAGACGAGACCUCUGUGUGUGUGUUCCUGUCCUCGAGCAUUAUUUCCACCUUUUUGACUUUUAUGGUUACAGCGCAUCGCUCUGUUAAAUUUUCCAUUUAAGGUUUCCAGACAUUUUGGAAAGUCACCACCUCUGUCACCCUCCCUGUACCAUGUCCUCCUCUCCCUUUAUACCCUUUCAUCUUUGAUCGCUCACCAGUUCCCAGUUUUGGUCUUUGGUUGCUUCUCCCUUUACUCUGCGGAGGUUUAUGCAUCUGUUUUUCAAACCGUCCUGAAAUCAUAGCCCAGUCUCAGUCCCAUGCUGUAAUCCACUCUAUUCAUCUCAGAUUUAGUGUCAAAACUUCUUACAUAAUUACAUAUUGCAUAAGUUUUAUCUGGGGUCAAAUCAAGUGGAGCUUUCAAAAAGAAUCUGGCGUGGGUUAGCUGGGUGGGGGGGGGUGUCUGUCACGAGAUCAGCUACUGUUUUCCUGGGAAAAAGAUCUGACUCUGAAAGACGAAGAAAUCAUUAAUGCACAAAAGUACUCACAGCUUAGAGAGCAGGCUUCUUUGAAAUCUAGCUUGUCUGUUUGUUAUUAAAUAACUUUUUUUCAGCUUAACUUUUGACUGAACACCUAACUAAGCAGAAAUGUAUCUGUUCAAGGCUGUCACCUUUUUCAAAAGGCCAGACAGAUUGAGUGUAAUGUGAAACAUAGACUGUAUAGAAAAGAUGGAUGUAAUGUGAUGUAAUGCACUGUGAUGUCAGCCAUUGGUGAGCAGAGUCUCAUUUUGAAGCCUCGAGUUCUUUCUGAGAUGUGGCUCACAGAUUUUGUCAGUCAUAUGCAAAAUCGUACAGUACUGUAGUUAACUUCUGACUCAAUAAUAAUUAGUAAUAAGUUAAUAAUUAAUAUAAUAAUAAUAAUAAUAACGUACAAAAAUUACAUAUUGGAAAGUGUAAGACUUGAAACUAGUAACUAUUCAGACAAUAAAGUCAUCAAUGAUAUGUUUAGAGAGUUCAAAAACUAAGUUUUUCCAGAGGCUUCUAAGCAGGAUGUCUUUUUGUGACCUCCCCGCUGGACAUCCCAGUCACUGCAGGGCAUCCCAGUCACUGCAGGGCAUCCCAGUCACUGCAGGGCAUCCCAGUCACUGCAGGGCAUCCCAGUCACUGCAGGGCAUCCCAGUGCAAAACUAGAGGGUAGAGCUGGUGGGGUGGAACCUUUCGUUUCCAUCACCGUUGGCCAAACUUGGCUAAAAGCAGAGCAGAACUGGCAGCUUUCUAAAGAAGUCAUGGGGUAUUACUCCUCCUUGGCACCAAAGAGGGAGCUCUGACCUUUGUCCUCUACUGCUGGUGUCGUGUAACUGGAAGGCUUAAUAAUUCACCAGCUGAGCUGCAGGAGAGAGGGACUAAAGCAUGUUAAUGGCUUUCAUUCAGAACAUUUAACCCGAGAGGGAUUUUCUGAGGAGUGCUGUUAAUAUCUGAAGGCUUUAAUCGUUCUUAACUUUAGGUAAAAUAAUUCUCUUCUCCUCAGUGUGAAUAAGAACUGAUUGCAACAGUACAAAACUCACUGGGUUUAAAAGUUAUUGAUGCAUACACUGGCACAUAUUCAGGAGUCUUUUACUUCACUUAGUGAAUUUUAUUAUUUAAAUGUUAUCAAAAGACUUAUUUUAUGCUACUAACAGUGAAGUAAUCAGCUUGGUGCAUUUGCAAAGGCCAAAUUGGUGAAUUUGCUGCUUGAACACACAAUUCUAAUACCCAGGUAGAACAUCAGCCGGGAUAAAGAGGGCAUUCGCACUCCAUGAGCACUGGGUGAAUAUCUCCAUUCCCUUCAGAGGACACUUAUACAGGCUGCUGACAGCUUUUUGAAGGGAAGGCAUUUUAGGUUCCUGUAACAUUGUAUCUUAUACGCUAACAGAAGAUGAAGCUGAGUGUGUGGGAGAUGAAUUGAAGACACAUUCCAACUAAUCUUUGCAUUUAUUUAGCAGCUGUUUGGAUCUUUGGUCACCUUACCCACUGCUGUAGUAUCAUCCAUUAAAGAUGCAGUGAUCAGAUUUCAUGUGGCCAAAUAGAACAAAUUAAAAAAAAAAAACAACUAGCCCGGACAAAUAGACCAAAUA